AUGCUCCAAAUAGGAUUCAAUUGGAAUGCGUAGGAAUUUGCAAUGAAGGCAUGAAAUCAAAUAGCACUUUUAGGUUGCUGGCCAUCCGUAUCCUCGAGACGCUCAUCAUCUCCUCGGUCAACGCCAGUUCCCAGUGACCGAUUCAGUCUGACGCAGGUACUCACUUCAAUCGAUUUUUCUGAAAAUAAAUGAGUUUUUGAGGCUAUCCAGCUGGAGCGCGGAAACAAUGAAGAUGCUAGGCAUUUCUAUCGCAAAAGUGGGAGACAUGGCAAACGUCGGCGAGAGAUGGAACCGAACUGGAACUGUUCGUAAGGCAAUAGUCCGUUUCCGUCUUCAGUUUUUUUACUUUUGACGUAGAGCAGUUCAACACAGAAAUUAUCAACUUUGACAGGGGAUAUUGUAGAGUCUCCGGCAAUCAGCAAUUGAUUUCGAAACUGUUGUGUGAAAUGUUCACAUUCAGUCGAUUCGCAACAUCAUCGCUUACCCAGAGUUUUCCCAGAAUCCAUUGUCCCACCGAGGCCGUAUACCGGUGGAACAUCUCCACCUCCGGCACAGUAUACGGCACUCGCUCAUCUUUACGUCUUCAGGUUCCCCGUAACUCCACCUCCUCCCUCCUUAAAACUAUAAAUAAGGAAUCCGUCCACUCAGAAUCCCAUCCCCAUUCGUUCAUUCGAGUAGCUCGCUCGUCUGUCCGUUCUGUACAAUAUCCAAUCGAUAAUGCACAUGCAGAACCGCGAGCAGCUCCUUCUCGCCCAGGCCAUGCUUGCCGGCCAGCUGAAACUGAGCGAGGCCGAGCAAAUCAAAUUUUUGUGUAAGUUUUCCUCUAUCUUCCCCCACUUUCCAUUCUUAUUUUCCCACUUUUCAGUUGCUCGCAAGGCCUUCGUAACGGCCCGGCACUGCGGCCGAAUUGUUGAUGGUCUCCUGCUCAGCGCGGAGCAGCGAGUCCUCAACGGAUACCCGACGUGGGGCCGGAAUGGUGUGGAGCUGCAGGCGAACGAGUACCAGCACAAUCGGGCCGCCGUGCAUCAGGCCUACGACUUCGAGCGGACUUGCACCCGCUGUCACAGCCGCUUCUUCGUGAUGCCGAAUGGGAAGCAGGUGCCCGCCACGACUAUGGUCUGUUUCGACGGCGAACAGCACCGGAACUUCCACGUCCAUGACCAGGUCUCCGCGAGUGCUCUUCAACGCUUUCCGAGCACGCCGAAGGUGAACAAAUCGAACUGUCACUUGUCCAGCGAGGUAAGCAAUUACAAAAUGGUCUUUGUUUCUAACUUUUUUCUCUUUUUCAGAUGCUCGCUCUGGACCUCGAAAUGAUCCAAACGGUCAGUGGUCAGACAGUCGGAAGGAUCACUUUGGUCAGCUGCACUGAGGCGGUCCUUUUGGAUAUCGUCGUGAAGCAAACCGAUCGGAUCCUGGACCCCAUGACCAAGUACUCUGGCUUGACGAUGGAAUCCUUCAAGACUGCAAAGUGGACACUCGAAGCCGCCCGCAUGGCUUUCCUCAACGAGCUCAACGAACGGACCAUUCUGGUCGGACACGGGCUCGCCAAUGACCUUCGCGUGCUCGGUGUCGUCCACGAGAGAGUCAUCGACACUUCCGUCAUCUACACGCAUCGGGGACGUCGUCCGGCUCUCCGCAACUUGACCAAAAAUGUGCUCGGCUAUCACAUCCAGCAGGGAGACGGUCACUGCUCGGCCGAAGACGCGGUCGCCUCGAUGAGACUGGCCAUUCACGGACUCAAUCAUCCCGAGAUCUUGGCUCCACAAUAUCACAACCUUCACAAUGUCGUUUGA